AUGUCAACAAUAGUCACCAAAAAGGGCCAACCCUCCAACUACUCUCCCCGAACCCUCGAAACCUCCCGCCGCCGCCUCGGCAACUUCUUGACCAGCAUCGUAUCCCUCGGUUCCCCUUUGGCCUCAUCACGUACCAGAUCCACCUCGGAGCUGCCAGAAUUGCCGCUCAAGGCGAGGAUAUAUCGGCGGGGAGGGGGGACGGAAGGGGAGCUGGAGGAGCAGUUUUCGGAGUUGGGGAUAGUUGAUCUGAGGAGAAGUAAUAGCGGUGGGCGUAUAAAAAGCGGCUCUGUGGGGAUGGUUGGGAUCCGACCUAAGGCUUUGAAGACGGAGGGUCUGUGUUUGACUGAUCUGCCGGACGAUCUGUUGCUCACAAUUCUCGAGCAUCUCCCCCUCUCCGCUCGUCAGAUUCACACCGUAUCACUUGUAUCGCGACUGUUCUUCGAUAUCGCACAAUCACCAGUGCUCUGGACAAGGCUCUAUCGCUCAACUCCCGGUUUCCGGCUCUCGGACUCAGCAGUCCGGCGGGCGGUCGCUGCUGAGUCACCUUCGCCCGGGAUCUGGGACGGUGAUGACUGGAUAGUCUUGCAAGGACCAGCUGCAGCUCUUCGACCAAUAUACACCACCCCGUCUCGACCAAGGCGAGGAGGGGCGCCGUCAACCCCCAAGCCCGCUUCCUCCCCGGCCGACGCAAUCCCCAUCCACUAUCCCACCCUAUACCGCUCCCGCUAUACCUACUCCCGGCACCUCCGCGACCCCUCGCCGGCUCAUCGGUCCCAUACCGAAUCGCUCACGGAACACACCGACGCGGUGUACUGCACUCGCUCAGCCGGUCCGUGGCUCUUUACAGGCUCGCGUGAUCGGUCCAUCCGGAUCUGGCGUCUUGCGCCGCUGGACGAGUGGGGACAGCCGGGAAAGACCAGGCUGGUCAAGACCAUACAGGAUGCGCAUGCGGGAAGCGUGCUGUGUCUCCGGGUGGAGCUGGACGAGAACGGAGAGGGGAUGAUGGUCACGGGCUCUUCGGAUCGGACGGUCAAGGUCUGGGAGUUGUCUCUUUGGAGUGCCAGUUCGGAGCCGGACGUCAAGCUCCUGGAUACCCUGUCUGGGCAUACCAACGGCGUCCUCGAUGUGCUCCUGACCGCCAAGCACAUCGUCUCUUGCUCCAAGGACUGCAGUAUCCGGAUAUCCGACCGCAGCGAUCGCACGCUCCUCUUCACAUUGCUCGGCCAUACACAGCCGGUCAACGCCCUCGCUGUGAGUCCAGAUGGGAAGCACAUCGUCAGCGGAAGCGGGGAUGGUUCGUGGCGUAUUUGGGAACUGGCCGGCGGAAGGCAGUUGGAUAUCACCAAUACGAGCCGCAAGGGGCCGGGGCUGGCUUGUAUCGCUUGGCAAGACGGCUACAUCAUCAGCGGCGACAACGCGCGUAAGGUCAACGUGUACAGUGCAGAGACUGGGGAUAUCAUUCGGACCUUGACGGGCCAUACGGAUCUAGUUCGGACCGUCGCAGCGGACAAAGCGGAGAGUCUCAUCUAUAGCGGCAGCUACGAUGGAGCUAUCAGAAUGUUCGGUAUCAAGACUGGACUGUGUGUCCGCAAGAUCACCACCACGCCGCCGACCUAUAUCUUCAGUCUGGAUCUUAGCUGGAAUAAGGUGUUUGUGGCUCGUCAAGACGGGGCCAUCGAGAUCAUCACCCUCGUCACUGGUCUGCCGUACCUGCAUCUUAUGGAUGGCUGA